CAGUUGCCAUAGGAACGAAAGAGCAAAUCGAGGGCCGGCCAAUCCGUGUUACAGGCCGCAUAAUAAACGGUUCCCCGACGGCUUAGCGUUCACUCUGCGGCUGCCAUCUUGUAUUAAGCUGGUGGUAGUGAAGGCGGCUCUAUCGUUUUCUGAAUGCUGCCGUUUCGCCGUGAGUAAUAGGGAGAGGGAGCCUCCUGUAGGUCGAAGUUGUGCAGCUCCCCUCUCUCCCUUCUUGGCAAGAGAGUGGAUGUGCUUUAUAAUCAUACAAUUGCGGAGUUGGAAAGGGACCAACUCUCUGCAACGCGGGACUCGAACCCAUAACCCUUAGGACUGCAGUUUCUUAGGAAGACACUACAGUGCAGUAUUGUAAAACCUGUGAGAUGGCAAUGCCCACUGCUGCUGUGUACACACACCCCUUUGAAGAAUUUACCAGGAGGAAAUGCAUCGUUGGCCUGAAAAACUUUCCCUACCACUGACAUAAUAGGACUGGACCAGCUGCCUCCAAACAAGUAUCCAGGUGAAAGCAUUUUGCAGCAGGUAUGCAGUAUAAAUAUUGGCAAUGACUCUUCACGAGAUUGUUCAGACUGCAGCCAGUUUAUAUCCUGAGAGAACAGCAGUAUGCUUUGAUGAAUGCAUUAAUAAGGUUCCAGUUAUCUACACUUACAAAACAGUUAUUAACCUAGCCACAAAACUUACCGAUUUCCUGAAGAAACAUUGUAAUUUCACCGAACGAUUUGAAAUAGGCCUCUACUGCUACCCAGGAAUAAAUCUGCCUUCUUGGAUUAUAGGAAUUCUCCAAGUGCCAGCUGCCUAUUCCCCUAUUGAUCCAGAUGCCCCUCCAAACUUGUCGGCAUAUUUUAUGAAAAAGUGUAACUUCCAAUAUGUCCUUGUGGAGAAAGACAGAGUUGAUAAAUUCACAGAAGCACAUGGGCAUCUGUUCUGCCAUAAUUCCUUUGAAAUACCAAAAGUUGGUUUGAUUCUUUUCCAGAGGAAAGGCAGUAAUAUUGAACAUUUAAACAAUAACAAUGCAAGUUAUGUAGUGCCAAGUGGCUUAGAGGCACGAGCCUUGGACCAGCUUGAGACAAAACCAUUCAAAGACCUGCUGGAUGUCAGACAGCAGCACUCCAUAGCAUAUAUUUUACAUACAUCUGGAACAACAGGGAUCCCUAAAAUUGUCAGGGUACCUCAUAAAUGUAUACUGCCAAAUAUUCUUCAUCUUCGAGAUGUAUUUAAGGUUACACCAGAUGAUACAGUGUUUAUGGCCUCUCCCCUGACAUUUGAUCCAUCUGUAAUUGAGCUGUUCAUUGCUCUGGCAAGUGGGGCUUCCCUGCUUAUAGUUCCUAACCUGAUUAAAAUGAUGCCACAGGAGUUGUCUGAGGCUCUUUUUCAGCACCACAGAGUGUCUGUAUUACAGGCUACACCCACACUUCUGCGCAGAUUUGGAGUUCAGCGCAUCAAAUCAACAGUGUUGUCUGCUGAUACGUCCUUGCGAAUCUUAGCUCUCGGUGGAGAAGCGUUUCCUGGACUGAACGUGCUAAGAAGCUGGAGAGGAAAGGGAAACAAAACACACGUGUUUAAUAUCUAUGGUAUUACAGAAGUUUCCUGCUGGGCCACAUGCUACAAGGUUCCCGAGGAGGUUUUUAGUUCUGAUCACCGAUUUGAUUCCCUUGUACCACUGGGAACCCCACUGUCUGGAACAACAGUUGAAGUCAAGGAUGCUAAUGGUUCUGCCGUUCUAGAAGGUGAAGGUCAAGUGUUCAUAGGAGGUGAGGAACGUGUCUGCUUUCUUGAUGAUGAAGUAACACUACCUAAGGGCACAAUGAGAGCAACUGGAGACUUUGUAAGAGUUAAGGAUACCGAAAUGUUAUUCUUGGGGCGGAAGGACAAUCAAAUUAAACGUCAUGGCAAGCGCCUCAGUAUUGAAUAUGUACAGCAGAUUGCGGAAGGCUACUGUCCAGUGGAAACAUGUGCUGCGAUAUGGUAUCAACAGGAAAAAUUACUUCUGUUCGUUGUGCCCAAAGGCAAUUUUAAAAAAAGAGACAUUUUAAAGAAACUCCAGGAAUGUCUUCCUAGCCAUGCAGUCCCAGAUGAGGUUUUGCUGAUUGACACUUUACCAUUCACAUCACAUGGCAAAAUGGAUGUGUCUGAGCUGAGCAGGAUUUACAGCAGCCAUUUGAACUCUAGAAGGAGUGAUAGUAAGCUGAAUGAGAAUGAAUUGUGGGAGAGAUUGCAGCAUUUAUGGAAGGCUGUUCUGAAUUUCCCAGAUGAAUCCGCAAGCAUUUUAAGAGAGUCACGGUUUUUGCACAGUGGCGGGGAUUCCUUAAAAUCAUUACAGUUCCUUGAUGAAAUUGAACAUAUGGUAGGCAAGCCUGUCCCUGGCCUCCUGGAAAUUAUUCUCAGUAGAUCCAUCGAAGAGGUCUACAGACAUAUCUUAAAAACAGUUUUCCCAAGCGAAAACCUGAAAUUAAGCUGUAACCAUGCUGUAAAAAGAAAGCUGAGUGAGAGCAGCAGAGAGGAGCCCAGUAAAAAGUAUGUGCAGCUAAAACCUGAAAGAUCCCCAGUAGCUGAAUCAAAUAUUGUUGGAUUUACUGCAGUGACCCGAGGAAACCGGUUGUUGUCUAUGGGUGACCCCUUGAAGAACCACAGUAAUACAGAGCAAGCAGGAGAGAGAGAAGUUUUGCCAAGUGUGCGGGAUAAAACAAUUGUCAGCAGUGCAAAUAUGGCAGAAGAUGAUUCUAUACUAAACACUCCUGUACAUGAGAAUCUUGGGCAAACGGCUGAAAAGUUAAUGUUGCAUCUCAGAUGGAAGUCAGACCUGGGCAAAUGUGUGGAUGCAUCUCCACUAGUUGUCACCGAAAAAUUAUCUGCCUUUGUGUAUAUUGGAUCGCAUUCUCACGUGAUUCAAGCAAUUGACCAAUAUUCAGGAAAAGUCAAGUGGGAGAGAAACCUUGCAGAUCGCAUUGAGUCGUCUGCCUGCGUAUCUAGGUGCGGAAACUUCCUUGUUUUUGGAUGUUAUAAUGGGUUGGUAUAUGUCCUCAGAAGGAGUGAUGGGGAAACACACUGGACAUUUGCGACUGAGGAUGCUGUGAAAAGUUCUCCAGCUGUGGAUCCUUCCACAGGAAUAGUCUUCAUUGGAUCUCAUGACCGUCAUGUAUACGCUUUAGAUAUUUAUAGGAAAGAGUGUGUCUGGAAAUUACACUGUGAAGCUGGAGCUGUAUUCUCCUCUCCUCACCUAAAUCUGUUACCACAUCACCUGUAUAUUGCUACACUUGGAGGGCUGCUGCUAGCUGUAAAUCCAAUUACGGGGAACGCAAUCUGGAAGAGCUUUUGCGGAAAACCUAUCUUCUCAUCACCACAUUGCAACAAGGACUUUGUAUGUGUAGGAUGUGUGGAUGGAAAUUUAUAUUGCUUUAGCCACUUUGGAGAAAAGAUAUGGAAGUUUUCCAGCAAUGGACCAAUUUUUUCAUCGCCAUGUAUUUCAGAUUUUUCCAGCGAUAUAUUUUUUGGAUCCCAUGACAACUUUACUUACUGCUGUAGUACGGAAGGUAAUUUAUUGUGGAAAUUUGAAACAACAUCAACUGUAUAUGCAAUUCCAUUUGUUUUCCGUCAUCAUGCCUUACAAGGUGAAACACUUCUGGCAGUGGCAUCCACAGAUGGCAGAAUAUGGAUCUUGAAUGCCAAGACUGGCUUGGUAGAAGGUGAAGAGAAGCUUCCAGGGGAAGUGUUCUCAUCUCCUGUUGUAUGGGGAACAACGAUCAUUGUGGGCUGUAGAAAUAACUAUAUUUAUUGCUUUGAUUUAUGUGGUUCUAAAACCAAAUAAGGUGCCUAAAAUUUCCCUUUUUGGGUAUUUUUAAUUUUGCUUGUACAAAAUAGGGCUGGGUGGUGUUAGGUUUUCAACAUCACAAUGUACCGCCAGCCAAGCACUGUAAUCUGACGCGAUGUUGAAACAAGCUCCGUUGGCCCCAGCCUGUGAGGUAUGGGAUAAAACUACUGCAGCUCUCACCACAGGAGCUGAGGAGCUUUCACCCCAGUGCCUCACGGGCAGGGACAAUGCAGCUUUUUUGCACUGUUCAGCAAGCCCAAUGUCUGUGCCCUUGAACAGAGAAGUUUAAGGGAGGCACCCCACCUCUGGCUUAGGUGAGGUGGGAGCUCUGUUACACUUGAGGAAGCCCGGCGAGCUACCUCUUUCUCCCAGGAGGUUGAGGCAACCCGCUCACACACACCCUCAAGUGUAAUGGAGCCACAACCCCACCAUUGGCUUGCUACACUUCCCUGCUGAGGGGUAGGCAGCCACGCACCCCACAAGUUCAAAGGAGCCAUCUGCCUGUGCAGGGAGCUGAGGGAGGAACAAAUGUAGCUUGCUCCUCUGUCAGCAGGAUGAGGGCCAGAGCGCAAUAGCUGCUUCACCCUAGUGGUGAAUCGUCUGCUGCAGCUCGUUUCUCCCUUGCCCGCUGGUAGCAGAGGGACUCAGCAGCAGCAGUUUCACCCACAAUAUACUGCCAGGUGAAGCGGCCAUCGUGGUCUGGCCCCGGGCGAUGUACCAAUACAUUGCCCAGGCCUAGUGCAAAAUCAUCUGUUAAUUUAAACCCCAGCUUCCUGACAUAACAGAGUUCUCUUGACAUCAAGUUACUUGGGUACUUUCAAUAAAAUAUAUUCUAAUAGCCAUGGUCAUCACUGGCUAAUAUAUUAAAAUGUACUGACCAUGGCUGUGUUAGAUGCCAUACUAUAUUUUACCAGGGCACUUUAGAAUGUGGAAUAAUUUUGAUCCCCCCAAAAGGCAGCAUAUGAUAUUUAAGAAAAAGUCAUUUGAAAUUAUGGAUUUGCUAUUACAAAGCAUUUCGAAAACAUGGCUUGAGCUUUUUAUUUGAGAGCAGCAUCAACCCCCAACAGUGAUAGAAAAGUACUGAAUAUUGCAGGAAUGGAUGAGCUGAUAGGGUUCACUGUUUAACUUUUUAUCAUAUAUUGCAAUACUGAUAUAUGUGCGGGGAUAAGUGUCCCACCAGCACAAGAAUUGCUGCUUGCACAACAGGACUUCUUGCCUCUUCUUCCUCUGCACAGACACCUGCACCCUCUGUAAAUCUGCUUGAGGGUUGAGGGAAGCACCAGAGGAGAUUUAGGGGGAAGAGAGGGCCCUGUUGCCAAGCAGGAAUCCUUGUGCUGGCAGGACACUUAGUGCUGCUUUGGCUCAUUUCUGUAAUGUGCAAAUGACAAAACAGAAGUUUACAUUUGUUCCAGAAAACAGGUACUGUAUUUUUCGCUCUAUAGGGCGCACCCGACCAUAGGACGCACCUUGUUUUAGAGGGGGGAGAACAAGA